AUAUAUGCAUGGGAUGAAGAUAAUGGGCUAACCAGAAACCUUCACCUGUUAGAACUAGGUUCCAAUCAUUAUUAAGAAGGGGCCAAUCCGAUGUCUCCUAUGUGGAAUAUUACAUGCCAUGUUACUAACAUGAGGUGCCUGUGCCCCACACCUUCCUUUAAAACUUCCCCAUCUGUCAUUGCGAUAUAAUCUUUGUUAUAAGCGAUUUGUGGUGCCGAAAGUGAAAUAAUAGUGUUGCAUAACUGUGAGUAGAUUAUAACAAUGGGAUUAGAGCGCAGAAGUGGCAAUGUAUAAUCUAUGUGACAGUUUGGGUUUGUAAGGGGUGGGGCUAGAAGGAGGAGGAACCAUUUCAGCACAUUGACAGGAGGGGCUGGAGACCGAUAGUAAGCAGAGACUAGCAGGUGUAUCGGAGCGGCUACAAAUGGAUUAGCACUACUGCAGCCCAGAGAGUCGGGGAAUUGCUUAGACACACUUAAACUAAGCGGAAGUAGCAAGCGCUAAACACUAACGCUAACAUGGAGUCCGCAGCGCUGAAGGGAAACAGGAAAAUGUGACAGUGAGGAGGGAAGGGGAGGGGGAAGGAAAGAGGAAGGAAGGGGAGGGAAGAGGAGCUUGUGGCAGGCUGCUGUCACUUCCAGUGCAGCACAGGCAGGAGACAGGGAUACUCACACAGAGCCGAGGAGCCAGGCUGGAUACAUUUGUACCGACACCCGGGCAGGGGGGCACUUGUUUGCCCCUCCCCGCUGAGGGCAGAAGCGCUGCCGUUACCAAUAGCUGGAGGUGUCUGUGAGCCUUAAAACAACCACCGGCGGAUUUAUUCCUUUGGCUUCCUAACACCACCCACAGUGAAUGUCCACUUCUGUGGCCCACCAUUGCUUUUCGAACCGGGUGACUGCGAGCGCUGUCCUCGAUUGGGCACCGCGAUAAAAACCAUCGGUUCCCGAUCCUUAUCACCCUCCUGCCUCUGAUCUGCUCCUCCUCCCCCAAACUGAUCACCUGCAGCGCCCCCCCCCCCUCCCUGUCAUAUUCGCACCCGCCCUCCCUCUCCAGCCUCUGGGGCCAGGACCCUACCACCGUGUGUGUGCGGGGUGCCCAUCAGGAAAAGCCAAGGGAGGAGAGGCAAAGGAAAGGUGGGGGGUGAGAGGAGAGAGGGAUCUGGAGGAGGAGGAGGUGGCGGUGGUGGAAGAAGAGGCAGAGAAGGGAAGCGGUGACCAUGAAGAAAUUUAACCCCAUCAGGAAGGUGCUGGACGGCCUGACAGCCGUUUCCUCCUCUUCAUCUUCUUCUUCUUCGUGCCAGCCCGGGAACAGGGAGCUAGAGAUUACGGAGAUCCUCCAUUCCGAGCACUUCCAGCUGUGCAAGACUGUCCGCCAUGGAUUCCCUUAUCAGCCCUCAGCCUUGGCAUUUGAUCCAGUGCAGAAGAUCCUUGCAAUUGGGACCCAGACUGGUGCUCUGCGGCUAUUUGGUCGGCCAGGAGUUGAAUGCUAUUGUCAGCAUGACAGUGGAGCUGCAGUAAUACAGCUUCAGUUCCUGAUUAAUGAGGGAGCUCUAGUGAGUGCCUUGACGGAUGACACUUUACAUUUAUGGAACCUGCGACAGAAGAGACCUGCUGUACUGCAUUCCCUAAAAUUUAGUAGAGAAAGGAUAACAUUUUGCCACCUGCCUUUCCAGAGCAAAUGGCUCUACGUGGGAACAGAAAGAGGCAAUAUUCAUAUUGUCAACGUGGAGUCGUUCACUCUCUCAGGCUACGUCAUCAUGUGGAAUAAAGCCAUUGAACUGUCAUCCAAAUCACACCCAGGACCAGUUGUCCAUAUCAGUGAUAAUCCAAUGGAUGAAGGGAAGCUCCUGAUUGGUUUUGAAUCUGGAAUAGUAGUGUUAUGGGACCUCAAGUCAAAGAAAGGAGACUACAGAUACACCUAUGAUGAGGCUAUUCAUUCUGUUGCUUGGCACCAUGAAGGAAAGCAGUUUAUCUGCAGCCAUUCAGAUGGAACUUUAACCAUAUGGAAUGUACGCUCUCCUGCCAAGUGCAUACAGACAAUCGUGCCGCAUGGUAAACAGAUAAAAGAUGGAAAAAAGCCAGAACCUUGCAAGCCUAUCCUGAAAGUUGAAUAUAAAACAACAAGAUAUGGGGAUCCUUUUAUCAUCCUUUCGGGUGGCUUAUCGUAUGAUACUGUUGGAAGAAGACCUUGCUUAACUGUAAUGCAUGGGAAGAGCACUGCUGUCUUGGAAAUGGAUUAUCCUAUUGUAGACUUCUUAACCCUUUGUGAAACUCCCUAUCCAAAUGAUGUCCAGGAACCAUAUGCUGUUGUUGUACUCCUAGAAAAAGAUUUAGUUGUUAUAGAUCUUGCACAAAAUGGAUAUCCUAUAUUUGAAAACCCUUAUCCUCUGAGUAUACACGAGUCUCCUGUCACAUGCUGCGAGUACUUUGCUGAUUGCCCUGUGGAUCUUAUCCCUGCACUUUACUCAGUUGGGGCCAGGCAAAAGCGACAAGGUUACAGUAAAAAGGAAUGGCCCAUCAGUGGUGGUAAUUGGGGUGUUGGCACGCAAAGCUAUCCUGAAAUAAUUAUCACAGGCCAUGCAGAUGGUUCAAUCAAAUUUUGGGAUGCUUCAGCAAUAACGCUGCAAGUUCUGUACAAGUUAAAGACUGCAAAGGUUUUUGAGAAAUCUCGAAACAAAGAUGACAAGCCAAGCACAGACAUUGUAGAUGAAGACCCGUAUGCCAUCCAGAUGAUCUCCUGGUGCCCAGAAAGCAGGGUGCUUUGUGUGGCUGGAGUGUCAGCUCACGUCAUCAUUUACAGAUUCAGUAAACAGGAAGUUACCACAGAAGUCAUUUCGAUGCUUGAAGUUCGGUUGCUCUAUGAAAUUAAUGAUUUAGAGUCCCCUGAUAUUGAACAAGUGGCAACACCUAGUGGAGGACCCAACUCCCAACCUAUUGUUUUUCAAUCACAUCCGUCCACAAGCAGCAGUUCUUCUGAUGGGAUUCGAGACAACGUACCUUGUUUAAGGGUAAAAAGCUCCGCUUUAAAGCAAUCUGCUGGUUAUCAAGUGGAACUAGUUAUACAGCUUGUGUGGGUCAGCGGAGAACCUCCACAGCAAAUAACCAGUCUGGCUGUUAACUCUGCCUACGGGCUAGUUGUUUUUGGCAACUGCAAUGGUAUUGCAAUCGUUGACUACAUCCAGAAAGCUGUUCUCUUGAACCUCGGCACAGUUGAAUUAUAUGGCUCAAAUGAUCCCUAUCAGAGACAGCCACGAUCUCCACGCAAAACACGACAACCCUCAGGAGGUAUGCUGACUGUGGCUUCUUGCAUGUGCGGCCUAUCUAGCUUAUAUUCUGAGUCUGUGAAAAAACUGCGCUCUUCUUACAUAACGGGCCUUUCUGACAUUAAUGAAAGCACGGUGGCAUCAGAGGAUCGCUGUAAAUCCCCUACUUCAGGUUGCACGUCCAAUUCUUCUGAUGAGGAACAAACAAAGAGUAAAUUUAUAGAAAAGGUGAAGAUCAAAGGCAGAAGGUUAUCCAAAGCGAUAGUCACUGAUCUAGCAAAGAUGUCAAGAAAGCUAAGCCUACCUACAGAAUUAAAGCCUGAAUUAGUGCCGUUUCUAGAUGUUAGAGACAAUUCCUUCAGUCGGUCCAGGAGCUCCAGUGUGACAAGCAUUGACAAGGAAUCACGGGAAGCAAUAUCAUCUCUGCACUUUUGUGAGACAUUCACCAGAAAACCUGACGUGUCAACAUCCCCAUGUUUGUGGGUGGGAACAACGCUGGGUACUGUGUUAGUUAUUGUACUGAACCUACCACCGGGUUGCGAGCAGAGACUUCUACAGCCUGUAAUUGUGUCUCCAAGUGGGACCAUACUGAGGUUAAAGGGUGCAAUCUUAAGAAUGUCAUUUCUCGACACACUGGGAGCUUUAAUUCCACCAGCAUCUGAAUCCUGGAGGGAACCCAACGUACCUGAAGAUAAAGAUGAUAAGGAUCGAUUGAAAAAACGGAGGCCAGUGUCCGUCUCACCCUCCUCCUCUCAGGAAAUCAGUGAAAACCAAUAUGCAGUGAUCUGUUCUGAAAAGCAAGCAAAAGUGAUCUCUUUGCCCUCCCAGAACUGCAUUUAUAAACACAACAUAACAGAGACUUCUUUUGUUCUACGAGGAGAUAUAGUGUCAAUGAGUAAUAGCACCUGCCUUGCAUGUUUCUGUGCCAAUGGACAUAUUAUGACUUUUAGUUUGCCAAGUUUAAGGCCGCUGUUGGAUGUAAAUUACUUGCCACUUACCAACAUGCGGAUAGCCAGAACAUUCUGCUUCACAAACAAUGGACAGGCAUUGUAUCUCGUCUCACCCACAGAAAUACAGAGAAUUACCUAUAGUCAAGAAACCUGCGAGAAUUUACAGGAAAUGUUAGGAGAGCUCUUCACCCCAGUUGAAACACCAGAAGCUCCUAACAGAGGGUUCUUCAAAGGCUUAUUUGGUGGAGGGGCACAGUCACUUGAUCGAGAGGAUCUUUUUGGAGAGACUGCAUCUGGGAAACCCUCAAGAAGCCUUGCCCAGCACAUCCCUGGGCCUGGUGGAAUUGAGGGAGUUAAGGGAGCUGCAUCAGGAGUUGUCGGAGAACUUGCUCGUGCCCGAUGGGCUUUGGAUGAAAGAGGGCAGAAAAUAGGGGAGCUGGAGGAAAGAACAACCGCUAUGCUUGCCAGUGCAGACUCCUUUUCAAAACAUGCUCAUGAUAUGAUGUUAAAGUAUAAAGAUAAGAAGUGGUAUCAGUUCUGAUGACAAAGAUCCAAAACACAUUGUUUUAAGUUCAUCAAGGAGAAUUUAAACCAAGAGUGCAUCAAUUUUUCUUCAAUUUAUUUCUGCAGGACAGUUGGGAACCAGGGGGUGAACGUUCAUAUUUGGUUACAAUUUCCUAGCACAAAUCGUAUACUGUCUUACCUCAGUUUGUGGCUUUUACUGAGGAGCAUUGCUUUAAAACACACAAACUCAGCAUUGAGUUGUGAUUUGGUGUGGCAAUGAAUAGAGAGCAGGCAACACAUGAGAAUGUUGAAGAAUAACAUUCAAAGAAAAAAAAGACUUUCAUUCCCCUGUUCAAAGUUCAACAUUCUUGAGGAUUUUUUUUUUUUAAGGCUUUUGUUUUUCUGGAACCUUGGAUUCAAACAUUGUGAUUGGACCUCUAGUAUUUCACCUAUGUUAUUUCUGCUAGGAAAGCCGCAAUCAUUUUCAGUUCUGAAGCCUAAGAAACAAGACAGAAACCACACCAACUGCAAAAAUACCGGAACAGUAAUCUGCAAAGGAUAUCUCGUCAUCACUUCCAUAAGUGAAGAAUUUCCUUUGUGAUUUCAUGUACGCUUUAUUCAUGCUUUGUUCAGUUCAACACUUCAAUUGUAAAGCCUCCAGCUAGUACUUGUCAAUCUUGCGUGCUGAUCCACAGAAGCGCUUGUUGAGUUUACUGCAUUUCUUUUGCAGCUAUGGCUUUGGAAAUACUGGCCAUUGCAUCAUAAACGUAUAUUUCAUAUAAAUCCACUCACCACCUUCAUGAUUUUUUUUCAGCAACAUGGGUUUAUCGAUAAAUACUAUAGCUGAAGCAUAGGGCAUUUGAGCAGAAGCUAUAGAGUUGAGUGUCCCAAGGGUACUGUAACUGUCAAAAGCAAUCUGGUAAAUAACAGAUCCUAUUUUUCUGUAUGAGAUUUGUAAGUGGCUGACUUUAUUUUUUUGCCAUGCAUAAAAACAAUUUAUAUUUUCCUUUUAAGUAAAAUGGCUCUGUAUCAAAUUA